AUGGACGAAAAAGAUGAUCAAAACAAACCUGUUCUUUCUUUGGUCUGGGAUUUCUUUGGCUACACAACAGCGCAUGGUUUUGCUCGGAUAUCCGAGUCGAAAACAGUUKUAGGGCGAACUCUAUGGUGUCUUUUAGUCGGAGUCGCUUUUGUGAUGUURUUCAUUCAGGUUUUCGCGUUGUUGGAAACGUAUUUGAGUCGACCUAUCGGAACUCAAAUCAAAAUGAGACAUGAAUCGAGCAUUCCUUUUCCUGCUGUCACUAUUUGCAAUCUGAAUAUAGUUAAAAAGUCGAAGAUCUCUACAGAGCUACACGGCUCAUUUGAAAAUUUCUUGCAACAACAUAAUGAAUCAAGUUCCCGUCGCAGACGAAGUGCCUUCUUCAAAGAUCCGGUCUGCUUUAAUUAUUUAUACUGCCAGUCAAAAUACAAGACCGACGAUGCAAAUGKAACAGUUACAGAGCCGCCCACGACUCCCCCACCUACCACGACCACUGCACCAACAACAACUUCCCCUACAACUACACAAUCAACAACCACUACCACUACUACKACAACAAGACCAAUUACCCAAGAAGAGAAAGUCCUUACAAUAGAAGAGAAACAAGAGGAAGCAUUUACUGGAGCWGUGAGCCAACCUGACCCUGCCACACUUACUAAAGAAACAAGACAGGCCGAAGAGCUGUCUGUCAACUUAGCAUCCCAGCCUGAAGAUGUGAUGAUAGAAGCUGGGCAUCGAUUUAUUCAUUUGAGUCUACUAAUUAUUAAUUGAUUCAUUGCUUGACUAUCUAGAAACUAUACUGAAAAACUGUGGAGCCAUUUCUGGCAUUACAAAUACGGAAACUGCUAUYUUUUCAAUUCUGGUAAGGACUCCCUGGGUCAGGAGCAAACGAUCUUAAAAUCCAACAAGCCGGGACCAAGCAAUGGUUUGAUAUUAGAGAUGAAUGRAGAACAACACGAGUAUGUUGGUCAGCUGACACAAGAAGCAGGCAUGCGCAUUUUGAUAUCCAAACAAGGUGAAUUCCCAGCACCACUUGAGAAAGGAUUUAGUAUAUCACCUGGCUACUCAACGUCUGCAGGAAUGAGACAGACUAAAAUCAUUCGUGAAGAUCCUUUUCAAAACAAAAGCUGUCUUAAGGAUGACGAUAUUGACCCAGAAAACUUGUACAGGAUUCGCUAUAACGUGUCUUACUCACCAACGACUUGRAAGGACUCCUGCCUUGCCUACCAUCAGCUACAGUCAUGUGGAUGCCUCGAGUACAGAUUCCCUAGCCAAGGAAAARCGAUCUGCGAUAUUUUUGACCUGUCAGUCAUAAAAUGUUUAAAUGACCUACAAAUGCUUUAUCAAGAGAAUAAACUCGGAUGUUCCGCCAAGUGUCGUCCACCUUGCACGGAAGAUAUCUACAAGUUGACGAUAUCAUCUUCAAGAUGGCCUUCUGAAAAUUACCAGAGCCAACUAACCGAGAAACUCAGCGAAGAAAGAGGAGUUAUUUUAGAAGAAGGAGAAAAUCCAAGGGCAUAUUUUGUGAAGUUCCAGUUAUUCUACGAGGAGCUAAACCUUGAAAUCAUAGAAGAGUACCUGUCGUAUGAGGUAACSAAUUUCAUAUCAGACAUUGGUGGCCAGCUUGGACUAUGGAUAGGAAUAUCCUGCCUCACAGCAGCAGAAUUCGUUGAGCUUGUCCUUCUUAUAAUCGCUCAUAUUACAAGUAAGAUAUUUCACCGAAAAGAAGAAAGCAAAUCAGUUGAAAAGACCCACAGAACAGAACAUAUACGCGAAGAGUUGUACAUGAGAAGAUUUAGCGAGAGACUAGACGAGAAUGAUGGKAGUAUCAGUAAUGGUUCCAUUACGAUAGAUGACUAUAACCCGAGAUUGGUUAACUUGCAAAUAGAUUUAUGAAAAUAAAAGGUAGAAGAGUUCUUUGGACUCACUAGAUA